ACUCACAAAUGUGAAUUGUCCCCAGUCUCUCGAGAACUUAGAAUAGAAUACUCGUCCCACACCCAAUUUUCUUCUCUCUCUCCUCUCAUCACUUCAUAUAUUCGCAAUUUCUCUUCCACCGUGAAACCCUAGACCCAACUGCGAGCGCGGAGCCAAGCCAUGUCCCUCAACCGCCUCCUCUCCGUGGCCCGCCGCUCCGAUCGGCGGGCCUCCGCCCUCUCCUCCCUCCGAUCCCUCUCUGCCUCCGCCGCCGCUGUGGCUCCCUCCGCCUCCUCCCCUCCCGCCCCUCUUCCCCCCACCGCCAUGAUCUACGACCGCGCCGCCGAGGCCGUGAAGUCCAAGCUCCGGCAGCUCGAGAACCCCGACCCCCGCUUCCUGAAGCAUGGGUCCCCCCGGCCCACCCUCUCUGACCACACGCGCAUCCUGUCCUCCCCCGAGACGCGCGUGACCACGCUUCCCAACGGCCUCCGCAUCGCCACCGAGUCCACCCUCAGCGCCCGCACCGCCACCGUCGGCGUCUGGAUCGACGCCGGUUCGCGGUUCGAGACCGAGGAGACCAACGGCACCGCACACUUCCUCGAGCACAUGAUCUUUAAGGGCACCGAGAGGCGCAACGCGCGUGAGCUCGAGGAAGAGAUUGAGAACAUGGGAGGACACCUCAACGCCUACACCUCAAGGGAGCAAACCACCUACUACGCCAAGGUCACCGACAAGGACGUCCCCCAGGCCCUCGACAUCCUCGCCGACAUCCUCCAGAACUCCCGAUUCGAGGAAACUCGCAUCAACCGCGAGCGCGAUGUCAUUCUCCGGGAGAUGGAGGAGGUUGAGGGUCAAACUGAGGAAGUGAUUUUUGACCACCUACACGCUACUGCAUUCCAGUACACUCCUCUUGGAAGAACCAUUCUUGGACCUGCUCAGAACAUUAAGACGAUCACCAAAGCUCAUCUGCAGAGUUACAUUCAGACACAUUACACAGCUCCUAGGAUGGUGAUAGCUGCAUCUGGAGCUGUCAAGCAUGAAGACAUUGUUGAGCAAGUGAAAAAGUUGUUUACUAAGUUGUCAACAGAUCCCACUACCACAUCUCAAUUAGUUGCUAGAGAGCCGGCUAUUUUUACUGGUUCUGAGGUUAGAAUGCUUGAUGAUGAUAUUCCCCUAGCUCAAUUUGCUGUGGCUUUUGAAGGGGCAUCUUGGAAGGAUCCGGAUUCAAUUCCUCUCAUGGUCAUGCAAGCUAUGUUGGGUUCUUGGAAUAAGGCAGCAGGAGGUGGAAAACACAUGGGUUCUGAGUUAGCACAGCGAAUUGGCAUUAAUGAAGUUGCCGAGAGCAUUAUGGCUUUCAACACCAAUUACAAGGACACAGGUCUUUUUGGUGUUUAUGCCGUUGCCAAGCCUGAUUGCUUGGAUGAUUUGUCCUAUGCAAUAAUGUAUGAGACAACCAAGUUGGCUUAUCGUGUUUCAGAAGAUGAUGUUACACGUGCUCGUAAUCAGUUGAAAUCUUCACUGCUACUACACAUAGAUGGAACAAGCCCAGUGGCUGAAGAUAUUGGUCGUCAGCUACUCACAUAUGGUCGAAGAAUCCCAUUUGCUGAAUUGUUUGCUAGAAUUGAUGCUGUUGAUGCCAGUACAAUUAAACGUGUUGCGAACCGAUUUAUCUAUGACAAGGAUGUUGUUAUUGCUGCCACGGGUCCUAUUCAGCGUUUGCCUGAUUACAACUGGUUCCGACGCAGAACCUACUGGAACCGCUAUUAGUUCAUUAUAGUUUUUUUGCCUCAUUUAAACUUCAUUGGAGGUCUGGCAAAUGUUUUAUUCAAAUUUACAAGAUUUAUGCCUCUGGAUGGCUGCUUUGGCAGCCAUUUUUCAUUUAUUUGUCAUGGACCUCUAUUUUGUAACAUUUUUGCAGUAAUAAGUAUGCUGUUGUCAGUGAUGUAAUUGGCAUCCUUCGCAAUUACUCAUUCCUGUUGAAAAUGGUGUUUACUUAAAAAUUGCCCUUGUUUCUCUUGAACCUCAUAUUUGGUUUUUGGACCCUUUGAACUCAUCGAUUCAAUCAAUAGUGCAGUUGGAUGAA